GUCCAAAUCCCCAACCGCGUUUCUUCUCCUUUGACUCACUUAUUACAACGCGCCGGCUCCAACCGCAUAUGUGACCGUUAUACCCCUCUCCCUCUCUCUCUCUCUCUCUCUCUCUCUCUCUCUAUGGUCUACACUCCCUCCUCUUCAUCACCAUUCACCACCCCCAAUAAGAGAGAGAGAGAGGGGGAAAAAAAGGAAAAAAAAAAAAUUGGAGAUUGGUUUAGAUUAACUUGUUGUAUAUAGCUAGUUCCUGGAUCGGUUCUUCGUAUGAUUCUUACAUUUGGUGCACACAGCUGAAAGUAGUGCCCUGUUGUUUUCAGUGAAACCUACAUACAUGCAUGCAUCAUCUUCGGUGACACCACGCCGAAUGGUGAAGAAGAGGAGGAUUGGGAGAGAGAGAGGAAUUCGAGUGAUCGAUCAAGCAAACAUUAGGAUAAUAGAAUAGCAAAGCAGAUCAUAUCAUAUCAUAUCAUAUCAUAUAUAUAUAUAGCAUGGGGAACACUUGCGUCGGUCCGAGCAUCGCGAAGAGCGGCUUCUUCCAGUCGGUUUCUGCCACUCUGUGGCGCGCCCGGUCGCAGACCGACGCUCUGCCCCCCGCCGCCGCCGCCGAUGUUGCCGAUCCCCCUAUCGCAGUCGCAGAAAACAAGGCUCCGGAGCCCGUCGUUAUCCAUAAAGAAGACGACGACGGCAAAGACGUAACAAAGCAGGCGAAGGCGGACGUAAAGCGACUGGGCAGCGCGGGGUUGCUGGCGGGAUCGGUGCUGAAGCGGAGGACGGAGAAUGUGAAGGACGUGUACAGCUUAGGCCGGAAGCUGGGGCAGGGGCAGUUCGGGACGACGUAUCUGUGCAUGCAGAAGGAGAAGGGGAGGGAGUACGCGUGCAAGUCGAUACUGAAGAGGAAGCUGGCGACGGAGGAGGACGUGGAGGACGUGCGGAGGGAGAUCCAGAUAAUGCACCACCUGUCGGGGCACGCGAACGUGGUGGCGAUCGAGGGGGCGUACGAGGACGCGGUGGCGGUGCACCUCGUGAUGGAGCUGUGCGCCGGCGGGGAGCUGUUCGACAGGAUCGUGCACAAGGGCCACUACACCGAGCGCAAGGCCGCCCAGCUCGCCAGGGUCAUCGUCGGCGUCGUCGAGGCCUGCCACUCCCUCGGCGUCAUGCACCGCGACCUCAAGCCCGAGAACUUCCUCUUCGCCGACCACUCCGAGGAGGCCCCCCUCAAGACCAUCGACUUCGGCCUCUCCGUCUUCUUCCGCCCCGGAGAAGUAUUCACUGAUGUGGUUGGGAGCCCCUACUAUGUAGCACCAGAAGUGCUGAGAAAGAAAUAUGGUCCAGAAGCAGAUGUUUGGAGUGCUGGUGUAAUCAUCUACAUCUUGUUAUGCGGAGUCCCCCCUUUCUGGGCAGAAAGCGAACAAGGUAUCUUCGAAGAGGUUUUGCACGGCAAACUCGAUUUUCAGUCGGAGCCGUGGCCUAGCAUCUCAGAGAGUGCGAAAGAUCUUGUAAGGAGAAUGCUCGUUCGAGACCCUAAGAAGCGUUUGACUGCCCACGAAGUUUUACGCCAUCCCUGGGUUCAGGUCGGAGGUGUGGCUCCUGACAAGCCACUAGAUUCUGCAGUUUUGUCACGAUUGAAGCAGUUCUCCGCGAUGAACAAGCUCAAAAAGAUGGCUUUUAGAGUUAUCGCCGAGAGCCUAUCGGAGGAUGAAAUUGCUGGCUUAAGAGAGAUGUUUAAGAUGAUAGACACCGACAACAGCGGACAGAUCACUUUCGACGAGCUCAAGGCCGGAUUGCAAAGAGUGGGUGCUAAUCUCAAGGAAUCGGAAAUUUACGCGCUUAUGCAAGCGGCUGAUGUAGAUAACAGUGGAACCAUAGAUUACGGCGAGUUCAUAGCCGCCACUCUACACAUGAACAAGAUCGAGAAGGAAGACCACUUAUUCGCGGCAUUCUCAUACUUCGACAAGGAUGGUAGCGGUUACAUAACACAAGACGAGCUGCAGCAGGCGUGCGAAGAGUUCGGUAUAGAAGAUGUCCGUCUAGAGGAAAUGAUACGAGAAGUCGACCAAGACAACGACGGGCGCAUAGAUUACAGCGAGUUCGUCGCGAUGAUGCAGAAAGGAAACACGGGCUUCGGGAAGAAAGGCUUGCAGAGCAAUUUCAGUAUCGGCUUUAGGGAGGCUUUCAAGCUUGGCUAAUCAGUUACUGCAAAGUUUACUCUCUAGUUUUUUUUUUUUCUUUUCUUUUCUUUGUUAAAUUCCUGAGAUGUUUCUACAUCAUAGGCAUUAAAUUACAUGAGCUGUAAAGAUACAUGAGCGCUAUACCAAUGGAAAAUAUACAACAGUGUAACAGUAUGUCAAAUGUAUGAAGAGUAUAUGCAUGAUUUGUACUUUGUUUGAGAAAUUAAAGGUGAAGCAUGUAGUUUCUUUUGUUGUA